AUGUCUCGUCAAGACAAAGCUACCACAGAGCGAAAUGCCCGUAUCCUCCGUGAUCUAGUCAAACAGCCAGAUAACAAGUCGUGUGCUGAUUGCAGGAAGAAUGACGCAAGAUGGGCUUCGUGGAACUUAGGUGUAUUUCUCUGUAUAAGAUGUUCGGGUAUACAUAGAUCCAUGGGAACUCAUAUCAGUAAAGUCAAAUCGAUCGAUCUGGAUAUAUGGACGCCCGAACAGAUGGACAAUAUUCAAAGAUGGGGUAACAAACGAGCGAAUCUGUACUGGGAGAAACACUUGAAAGCUGGACAUGUACCUCCUGAUCACAAAAUCGAGUCAUUCAUCCGGUCUAAAUACGAGUCGAAACGAUGGGCAAUGGACGGUCCACCACCUCGGGACCCAAGUGUUCUGGAACAAGGGGCCGGUGCUAGUGCAGGCCCAACUGAAGUGCCCAGACCUACACCUACGACAUCCGCUCCCGCUCCAGUACCGCAAGCUGCACCAAAACAUCAUCCCCUGCUCUCUCGAACCGCUAAACCUGCUCCUACUCCAGCAGCACCAGUACCAGCACCAGCACCGAUGGUAGACUUGUUUGGCUCAGAUGAACCUCCCUCUUUAGCUCCUCCAGUGACUACCAGCGCACCUACCACUAACGCCAGCCAACCGACUCCAGGAGCAACAGCAGGUACCCAGCCACCAGCUCUAACCCAAGGUUCGUCAAUAUUCGAUCUGGAUUUCCACACUCCCACUCCAUCUACUCAAAAUCAGCAGCAACAGCAACCCAAGAACGCCAAGGCCGAUAUCAUGUCACUUUUCUCCUCUGCUAGUUCGCCAUCAGCUACCGCUCCUGCAUCUUCAGGAGGGUUCUUCAACACCGCUCCUCCACCACCAGCACAGAAUCAAUAUGCAAGUUGGAAUGGAGGUGUGACUUCGUCUGCUCCGCCUCAACCUGCCUAUCAGCAAACUCAGGCUCAUCUUCCUACACCUACUACCGGUGGUGGAUGGGGAGGUAUAUCGGCAGAUCAAAAUGCCUGGGGAGGAGGAGGAAAUACGCAAACACAACCGGUACAGCAGAACAACCCUUGGGGAGCUGGUUCGAAUAACACCAAUGAUCCGUGGGCAUCAAGUGGGUCGACAGGGGGAGGAGGAGGAGGGUUCUUCGGUAGUUCGAGUGGGAAUGGGCUGGGUAACGUUCAACCUCAACAGAAGAAAGAUGAUAGAGAUCCAUUCGCUAACAUAUGGGGUUAA